AUGGCGGCCAACGGCGUGAGAAGGGCUCUUCAGUUAUCGUCAUCGUCCGGGAGAAUACUCUUCGGUCGUUCGUCAGCGGCAUCAUCUGCUUCGAAGUUCGGAAAAUCAGCAGGAAUUGCUUUCGAGAAUGGAUCAUCAGCUUCAUCUCGCUCCUCACUUCGCAGACUCACAUCCUCCAGGAUCCCUGUGGAGCUGAGUGCAGGGAUUUCGCUUAUACCUUUACAUAGUGUCACUGCCUCAGCGUUGCUCACUUCAUUGCUAUCUUUGAGCAAUCAAAGCUGGGGUUGCUUAUCAGAAGGGUUUGCAACAACACUAUAA